UUUCCAAGAUGGCGGAAGAACAUGAUAACAGAAAUCUUCCCUGGGUAGAGAAAUAUCGGCCAAAUAAAUUGGAGGAGUUGAUUUCACAUGCGGAUAUCCUUUCAACAAUUGAUAGAUUUAUUAAAGAAGAUCGUUUACCACACCUUCUGUUUUAUGGCCCACCUGGUACAGGUAAAACAUCAACAAUCUUAGCCGUGGCUAAACAGUUAUAUUCGCCAAAGGAAUUCAAUUCAAUGGUUUUAGAGUUGAAUGCAUCGGAUGACAGGGGCAUUGGUAUCGUCAGAGGUCCUGUUUUAAGUUUUGCCAGUACAAGAACCAUUUUCAAAUCAGGAUUUAAAAUUGUAAUUUUGGAUGAAGCAGAUGCUAUGACAAACGAUGCUCAGAAUGCAUUGCGAAGAGUCAUAGAAAAAUUUACAGAGAAUACUCGUUUCUGUUUAAUCUGUAACUACUUGUCAAAGAUUAUACCUGCUAUCCAGUCAAGGUGUACAAGAUUUCGAUUUGGACCACUAGAUAACCAACAGAUGGUGCCUAGGUUAGAACACGUCAUACAACAAGAAAGAGUGGAUGUCACAGAAGAUGGUAUGAAUGCUCUGGUCACACUGGCCAAUGGUGAUAUGAGAAAGUCUUUAAAUAUCUUACAAAGUACGUCUAUGGCAUAUGAUGUUGUGAAUGAAGUCAAUGUUUAUACAUGUGUUGGCCAUCCAUUAAAGGAGGAUAUCAGUAAUAUUGUCAACUGGAUGCUGAAUGAAGAUUUUACAACCGCUUAUAAUAAUAUACUUGAUUUAAAGACUUUAAAGGGUCUUGCAUUGCAGGAUAUUCUAACUGAAGUACAUAAAUUCAUACACAAAGUUGAGCUUCCUACCAAAGUAAGAAUUAAAUUAUUAGAUAAAAUGGCUGAAAUAGAGUAUAACCUUACAGCCGGUACAAAUGAAAAGAUUCAACUUGGAUCACUGAUUGCUGCCUUCCAGGUUACCCGAGACAUGAUUGUUAUGGAAGCAUCCUAAGCAUUGAUAUAAGAUUUUUAUAAUUUAACAACUCCUGUCAAAUAUUAUAAAAACUUUUUUUUUGUACUUUUUUUACCUGCUCUUUGAUAUCAUAACCUGUCUUGUAUAUGUUCACAUGUACUCGUAAUUCAUUGAGAUACCAAUGUUUUACCAAAUGUCUGUGUAUGAGUUUAUAUAAUGCUAUAAAUGUACUAUAUAC